AGCAACGCUUUUCUCUCUCUCUGCUUUGUUUUUUUCUGUGUUUCUAGGAAGUGACAAAAAAAAAAAAAAAAAAAAAAACUAAAAAAAGUUCUCUGUAGGCUAUCUCAGUUUCAAAGAAACCCGAAACCCAGAUUGUGAAAAAUGGCGAAAAGGAAAAUGGAAAAUGGUAACAAAGAGAAGGAGAUUCUAGAGGAAGACAACAGGCCUAGCUUCUGUACUAUUGUGUUUUCUAAGAAAUCGAAUGAGCGUUUGCUGCUUCCGUCAGAGUUCUUGAAGCAUAUUUCAAAUGAAUUAUCUGAUAAAGCAACAUUAAAAGCUUGUUCAGGAUGUUCACGGACUGCUAAAGUAAGCAAUACGUGGAAAGGUAUAUAUAUAGAGGAUGGCUGGCAACAGUUUCUAAAAGAUAACUCCUUAGGUAAAGAUGAGUUUUUACGAAUUUCAUACGAGGGAAAUAUGUGUUUCAGUAUCCAAAUAUUUGAGAUGAACGGAUGUGAGAGAAUGAAUGUGCGUCGUACUAGAACAGACCACCAAUCUCCCCCCACUAGCAGUAAAAGGCCCCAGGAUUCUACCAAUGUGCCUCAUUUCAAAACACAUCAAAAUUCUGCCUCCACUACCGUUAAAAGGCCUCGGGGUAGACCAAGAAAAUAUCCCCUUCCUACCGCCAAUCAUCAUCUCUCAAAGUCUUGUGAAGAUGAUUCAGGCAAAUCCCUUAUAAGUUGUCAGUCCAAUAAGCCAAAUGGGUUUAUAGAUGGAAAAGGUAAGGAAAUAAAGACUGAAGAGGAUGAUGACCAUCGUGUUCAUGAUCUGUCUAAAGAAGACAUGGCUAUUGACUGGAAAGCAGCUGAAUCUUUUAGGUCCAAAUAUCCUUAUUUUACAUAUUCUGUGCAAGGAAGAUAUCAAGUGUACAUCCCCUCAUCCUUUUCUAAGGAACACCUUCCUUUUAAGAAGACAGUUGAGGUCGUCCUGCGUAAUCAAAAAGGAGAAUCAUGGGUGGUGACUCUUGUUGUUGCCCGGGGUAGACAUUCUAUUUGUCGAGGUUGGCUUCAUUUUAUGAAUGAUAACAAACUUGAGCUGGGUGAUCGUUGCAUAUUCGAGCUGGUGGGUAGAAAAGAAAUGAAGGUGCAUAGCAUUCGGACUGGACCAGGGAGGUGAAACAUUUUAAUGGUAUGAUCUUGCGAGUUGUGAUGCUUAAUGUUUCUGUCAUGUCAUUAAACUUUCAUUUUGGAGCUCGUUUAAAAAUCUCUGUUCUGUUUUUUUCUUCUCAAUUGAAACAGCCACUUUUAAAUCUUGUACUCUAUCUGUAUUUAUACCAGUACACUCCCUUCUCUAUAUAUCUAACAUCUAAAUAUAUAACAUUUUUGGUGACCA